CCAGGUGUCUGAAGGGUGAGCUACCGACCCAUCUCUCACACGCUCAAUGGCGUUGAAUUUUUUAAUAAAAUCAUGCAGCUUUGAUGCCUCUCUCUCUCUCUUACCAUAUAAUCAACCCCAUGCAAUCACUUCCCAUUUCCUACUGUGCAUUAUAUAUAACAAUGCCAAUCUACUCUCUUCCCAUAAUAGAAAAAACGGCAUCUUUUUCUUUUUCUUUUUCUUUGUCUGGGAAAAAAAAAAAAGAGUAUUGAGCAGUGAAGCAGCAAAGCAUUCUCUUUUAACUGUUUACAUUUCUUUGCCUUGCCAUUUCUCUUCUUUUGGCUUUUCUUUGUUUUCGUUAUUGUUUUGCUUUUGGUUAAGAAAAGAAAAGAAAGAACAAAAAGGAAUUAGGAAAAGGAAAAGAAAAAUGGGCAGAAUUCCAUGCUGUGAGAAGGAAAAUGUUAAGAAAGGACAGUGGACUCCUGAAGAAGAUAACAAGCUUUCUUCCUACAUUGCCCAGCAUGGCACUCGCAACUGGCGCCUUAUUCCCAAGAAUGCUGGUCUCCAAAGAUGUGGGAAGAGCUGCAGGCUACGUUGGACUAAUUACCUGCGCCCUGACCUCAAGCACGGCCAAUUUUCGGACAUUGAAGAGCAAACCAUUGUCAAGCUACAUUCUGUUGUUGGCAACAGGUGGUCGCUGAUUGCGGCUCAAUUACCCGGUCGCACCGAUAAUGAUGUCAAGAAUCACUGGAACACUAAGCUGAAGAAGAAGCUAUCAGGUAUUGGCAUUGAUCCAGUCACUCACAAACCAUUUUCUCAUCUCAUGGCUGAAAUUGCCACCACUUUGGCCCCUCCACAAGUUGCCCAUCUUGCCGAAGCAGCACUCGGCUGCUUCAAAGACGAAAUGCUCCACCUUUUAACUAAGAAGCGUGUCGAUUUCCAAAUUCAGCAGGCUAAUGUACCACCCGGAAGUUCUGCAGGAACUUAUGGUCACGGCAAACAAAAUGAGAAAGAUGGUACUGUUGAGAAUAUAAAACUUGGUUUGUCAAGGGCCAUUCAACAGCCUGAUCUGAUCUCCCCUUAUAAGCCUUGGAGUUCUACUGAUGCAGCAGGGACAAGCAAUUGUUUUCCAGCAUCGGCAUCAGGAUUUCAAUACGCUCCACUGUCGUUCGGCAAUGAGGGGGACGGGUCGUCAUGGAGCCAGAGUAUAUGUACGGGAAGCACGUGCACAGCAGGAGAACAGCAGGGCCAACUGCAUGAAAUCCUUGAAGAAACUGAAGAGGAGCUAUCAGAGGGUGGAAAAGAGAUGAGAAAUGGGACAAGUAUAUUCAGUUCAGACUCAGUGUUGUGGGAUUUACCAUGUGAUGAUCUGAUGAAUCCAAUAGUCUGAGGAAGAUGAAAGAAAAAGAGUGAUAUAUGCCACCAAAUUUCUAAACAAUAAAUUAUAUCACAUCAUAUGAUGCAACUGUAAAUAGAGCUCACUUUAUGGGCUACAAUAAAGUACAUUCAACCAAGGUUUACAACUGUAGCAACUAAUAUAUAUAUA